AUGAUUACAUUUUCAGCGGGCAAAAGGGGGUAUCUACCCAUGACCGUUCAAAUGAGCGUAAUGAUUUCUACUGAAGAGAUUCAAGCGAAAGUAAAAGAGCUUGGUGCACAAAUCGAUGCGCAUUAUGCAAACAGUGAUAAGGAACUCGUACUGAUUGGUUUAUUACGUGGUUCAGUCAUUUUCAUGGCAGACUUAUGUCGUACCAUUUCAAAACCACAUGAACUCGAUUUCAUGACGGUUUCGAGCUACGGUGGCGGUACGGUAUCUUCACGUGAUGUAAAAAUUUUAAAAGAUUUAGACGGCGAAAUUCGCGGUAAAGAUGUCUUGGUCAUUGAAGACAUCAUCGACUCAGGCAACACCUUGAGCAAAGUAUUAGAAAUUUUAGAAACACGCUCUCCCAACUCAAUUGAACUAUGCACCUUAGUCAGCAAACCUUCACGCCGUGAAAUUGAACUCGAUGUGAAGUUUUUAGGCUUUAAUGUCGAAGAUCGAUUCAUUGUGGGUUAUGGCUUAGACUACGACCAAAAGUACCGUCAUUUGCCAUUUAUUGGUCUCAUCGCACGUGCUAUCCAUCCUGGCGAUGACAAAGCGGGAUUUAUUGUCACCACUUUACUGGGGAUUGCAGGUUCUCUCGUAGCCACUUAUGGUGGUCGUUUACUUGGUCUCUAUAGUGAAGGCUCUGCCGCAGGCUUUAUUGCGUCAGUUAUUGGGGCCAUUGUUAUUUUAUUCAUCUACAACAUGGUCACCAAAAAAACCUAA